UUUAUGGGAGGAACAACACGAUGACAUCCACCGCCAGGACCAGCUACACCUCGGCUCCUCACCAGAAACACCGGCGCAGCAGCCAUCGCUCCAGGCAGUGCGGCAACGCCGCCGACACAGAUUCCCAGUCUCUGUCAACACUCGGGUAUUUUAAAACACUUCCAUUAGAGAUCUUUCAAAUGGUACUGAAAUAUCUUUCAGUGAAGGAUAUCAGCAUGCUGAGCAUGGUGUCGAAAACCAUCAGCAACCGCCUUAUUAAUUACAUCUCAACCCCGUCAGGAAACCGAAGGCUCUUAUUGCAAGACUUUCAUAACCUUGAGCUACCCGGCAAGAGAGAAGGAUCCUAUAUUUUAGAGCACUACAAAUCUCUAGGAUUGUUGCUUAAAAGAUGCACACUGCUAUUGCCCACAAAAGACAGGCUAAAGUAUAUACACAAGAUUCUCUCUGAAGUUUCCUGUUUUAAGCUUAACGGUUGUGCAAGUCCUUUGCAUUGUUUAGGAUUACAGUGCUAUGGGGUAUUUUUACAGAUCCUAACAGCGGGCUGGGAUGAACUGGAGUGUCACCGGGUUUUUAACUUCCUCUGCGAGCUGAGCAAUUUACCCCGUAAAGUACAGACUGUUGUCAGCAGCAAACCAGGGAGUGCCCGAAAGCUAGAGCUGCGGAUCAGGUUAUACUGUCGCAGCGUCUUGUUGAACCACUGGAUUCAUCGAAGUGAUUCUGCCUUUUGGUUGACUCGUAUUUUAAAGCCGUGGCCCAUGGUCAAUCAAGCUCGCCUGCUGUAUAUCAUCUUUGGGCCAGUGUCCUCUCUUGAUGGACAUGUGGUUUGGCAGAAAAUGAUAGAAGCACCAACAGAUGAGACCAGUCUGAAAGGUCUGGCAGAUGCAAUUAAGCUGCUGUAUGAUACAGAAGCUAGAGAAUGGACAGCAGAUGAUGUUAUCAGUCUUGUGGAUGAGCUGUCAGUUGUUCCCCGGGAGUGGCUCCUGGAGAACAACGCUCGGUUUCUCAUCCUGAGCGGGAACAGCAUUUGCUUCACUUUCAUGGCCAGCAAAGCUGUGAACGGGAGGACCCUGGAGUUAGCCAGGCUUAUGGUCUUCCUGGCCCUGGUGUGCGAGAAGGACCUGUACUGCAUGGACUGGGCAGUGAAGAUGAUGCAGAAGGUCUGCAAAGUUUUCGGCACCCCGGCGGAGAGGAACAACUUCCUGCAGUGCGUGGAGAACGUCUUUGCUCACAUGAUCAUGGACACGCUGCAGGCCGUGCUCUCGGGGGACCGCGAUGAAGAGGACAGCAGCUUCUUGAACUUGUUUCACCUCGUAAAUGCACAAGCAAACUUCCACAAGGAGAUCCUCUACCUGACCAUGAGAGGCAACGGCAGCACCGCUUGAAUUUUACAGACUCUUGCUCUAUUCCUGCUGGAUUUUUCUGGUGUUGGGUUGUUUUUUUUUUUCCCCCCAAAUAUUUGCAAAGCAGUAUCCAACUAUUUCUUGAAUUUCCAUCCUGGUAAGAGCUGGAGGAGUGGGUGACACACAGGUCAGCUGAGGGGGCUCAGGGAGCAUGGGGGACCCCAGGGUCUGCAGGGGGAAUUCUGUGCCCUUCGCUCCUCAGGGCCGUGCUCAGACACAGGGAGGAAACGGGCCAGGGGCCUCUGGUUUGGGAACAUAAACCACAUUCUUUUCCCACUGUGUAUGUUUGCACACACAAUAAAAAUGACAUGGUUUUCAUAUUUGAUGUGCUACACAAAUGGGAGAAUGUUAUCUUAGUUCAGAACCGAAAACAUUUUGAUCUUUUGAUUUUGUUUUCUCUUGGGAACGGGGGGAGAAAGAGGCAGACAUCAUUAGAGCAGCUCAGCUCCAUUUUUCCAGUUUGCCGGGGUCUCCCUCACUAACUCUUACACACUCCAUAGAUUGUAACUUCAGUUUUAGCAGAAAGAGGCGAUUCCUGAAAGCAAUUUAACUGCUUUGAUCAAGCAGAGCAAUUUUUUUCCCCCCUCAAAGCUACAGGUGCCUUUUAACCAUCAAGCAGAAAAAAUUUCAGAUCCCUCUCCCUGCCUGGUGUGAGAAGUGAAUAUUAAAGUGUAUUUGCCUUUGUAGGACUUUGCUAAGUUGAAGACACAUGUUAAAUGCUAAGAUCACUGUUUCAUUAAGGUAUAUAAAUGUUUGCUACUCAUUAGAGGUUUUGAUUUUCUGCUCUAUUGCCUUCAAACCAAAAAAAAUGUAACGCAUAAUAAAAAGCACUUACUUUA